CUGGUUUUCUUGUGCAGCCAGCAAUCGAGUCACCUUCUUUCCUCGGCCGAUCCUCUCUCUUCUCGAGUUGCUGCAACAAGUUCCAAAUUCGAGCUCGGAAACCAGCACACAACCCUCGUAGUCAUAAUGAGCCGCGGAAGUGGGGGCGGCUACGACCGUCACAUCACAAUCUUCUCGCCGGAAGGUCGCCUCUUCCAGGUCGAGUACGCUUUCAAGGCCGUGAAGGCGGCUGCCGUAACCUCGAUCGGCGUUCGCGGCAAGGAUUCGGUCUGCGUCGUCACCCAGAAGAAGGUUCCGGACAAGCUUCUGGAUCAGACUAGCGUCACCCACCUUUUCCCUAUCACCAAGUACCUUGGGUUGCUGGCUACGGGCAUCACAGCUGAUGCAAGGACAUUGGUCCAACAAGCAAGAAAUGAAGCUGCUGAAUUCCGGUUUAGAUAUGGCUAUGAAAUGCCAGUCGAUGUAUUGUCAAAAUGGAUAGCAGAUAAGUCACAGGUUUAUACACAACAUGCCUACAUGAGACCGCUUGGAGUAGUCGCCAUGGUUUUGGGAAUCGAUGAUGAGAAGGGGGCUCAACUCUACAAAUGUGACCCAGCUGGACACUAUUAUGGACACAAGGCCACAAGUGCUGGUUUGAAAGAACAGGAGGCAAUCAAUUUUCUCGAGAAGAAAAUGAAAAAUGAUCCAGCAUUUUCCUAUGAUGAAACAGUGCAGACUGCUAUAUCUGCUUUGCAAUCUGUUCUUCAAGAGGAUUUUAAGGCCACUGAGAUUGAGGUGGGAGUGGUGAGAGCGGAUAACCCAAUUUUCAGGAUUUUGUCUACCGAGGAAAUUGAUGAACACUUGACUGCCAUUAGUGAGCGUGACUGAUCGAAAGUGGCUGGCUCGCUCAGACAUGGAAUCGUAUCGCUGCUGCUGCUGCUGCUGCUAGGGGAAAAUUGAUGUGUGCACUUUGGAAAGACAGUCCUCAACUAUAUAUGAAUCUCUCAUGUUUAGAACUGAUGGGAGAUUCAUCAGGAGACUUGAUUUCGCAGUUGUUUAGAUUUGUGUUGUGUGAAUUAUUCUUGAGAUAAUUAGUUUUCUUGUCCAGCAAACUUCUCUCUUUAAUUUUCAUAAUGCGUAUAUUUAAGAUAAUGCUAGAAACCGCUGC